AUGUCGACCACUAACGGAAACAAUGAUGAUAAUGCUUAUUAUGUUGACUAUGAUGCUCUAGCUGAGACUGGUCGUGCUACUCUUGCUGGUGAAAACCCUAAUGUGGGCAACUCUUCUCCUGUUUUGGGUGGUGUGGGUGGUCUUGUUUUUACUAGUGCUGUUAAUAAUAUUGCUACUCGUGCUACUGGUGAUACUCUCAUUAGUUUGUCUAAUGGUAGUAUGGAGAGUCGGAGAGGUUGUGACACUGACUGGGAAGAUCAGUUUGACUCAAUGAGUAUGAGAAGUUUUUAA